AUGGGGAAACGUCCAAUCUCUGAUGUUGUCGCCGAAGAUGGCGCGACCACUACACCCGACCUCUCAAGGAAGAAGAGCAAGAAAGACAAGAGCAAGAAGCUUAGCAAGACCGCCGAAAUCGACGCGACCGAGACCAACGGCAGUGUCGAAGCUGUAGAGGGCUCUGAAGAUGACGAGAAGCUUUCAAAGGCCGAGCGCAAGGCGGCAAAGAAAGCAAAGAAGGAGGCUAAAGAGGCGAAAAAAGCGCUGAAGGCUGCGGCGGAAGACGAGCCAGCUGGCCAGACUGCGGAAGAGAGCGAAGAAGCCAUCAAGGCAGCAGAGAAGGCAGCGCGGAAGGCAGAGAAAAAGCGCUUGAAGGCAUUGGCAAAGGGCGAAGCUACCGAGUCUGCGUCCUCAUCGAAACCUUCAUCGGUCCAAGCCAGCGCCGAGCCUACAGCAACGAGCGCAACCGCGACCGAAUCAGGCAAUUAUGAGGAGAGCAAGGAGCUGACGCAGCUUCCUCAGGCCGAAGUCGACGCCUUCCUUACCAAAAACACCAUGACUAUCCAAGACCCCAAACCCACCGGUCGCGCCCUACGACCCAUCCUCAACUUCAAGUACCUCCCAGUCGACGAUGCGCAACGCGCCUUCUUUGCCAAGUUCAGCGCCCCUACACCUAUACAAGCAGCGACCUGGCCAUUUUUGCUGUCAGGAAGAGACAUGGUUGGUGUCGCCGAGACAGGUUCAGGCAAGACACUGGCAUUCGGUGUACCCUGUGUGCGUUACAUUGCAGCGCUACCCAAGGACAAGCGGAAGGGUAUCAAGGCUGUCAUCGUUUCACCCACGCGUGAGCUGGCUGUUCAGAUUUACGAUCAAUUGGUAGCGUUGGCGACACCAGCUGGACUGUCCGUAGUCUGCGUAUAUGGCGGUGUGCCAAAAGACCCUCAAGUCGCUGCUUGCCGUAAGGCGCACAUUGUAGUCGCUACACCGGGUCGUCUCAACGACUUGAUUGGUGAUGGCUCUGCGGAUCUCAGCAAAGCUGAGUACGUAGUCCUUGACGAAGCUGACCGCAUGCUUGACAAGGGAUUCGAAGAAGCAAUUCGGCAGAUCAUCUCGCAGACGCCCAAGAAGCGUCAGACUCUCAUGUUUACUGCUACGUGGCCACCUUCUGUUCGGGAUCUUGCAUCCACCUUCAUGAACUCGCCAGUCAGAAUCACGAUUGGUGACAAUCAAUCUGGCGAACUCCGUGCCAACGUGCGCAUCAAGCAGCUCGUAGAGGUACUUGAUCCCCAUGCUAAGGAGCAGCGCCUGCUGCAGUUGCUCAGGCAAUAUCAAUCUGGCAAGAACAAGGACGAUCGUAUCCUUGUGUUCUGCUUGUACAAGAAGGAAGCAAUGCGCAUUGAAAACUUUAUCCGCAGGCAAGGCUUCCGCGUGGGUGGCAUUCACGGCGACUUAAGCCAAGAGAAGCGCAGCGCCUCACUGGCGGCGUUCAAGGAGGGCCACGUGCCGCUCCUUGUCGCUACAGAUGUUGCUGCACGAGGUCUUGACAUCCCCGCGGUGAAGGUUGUCAUCAAUGUCACGUUCCCAUUGACAGCUGAGGACUAUGUUCACAGGAUCGGUAGGACGGGUCGUGCCGGAAAGGAGGGUUUGGCGAUCACGCUUUUCACGGAACAUGACAAAGCAUUAUCUGGAUCGUUGAUCAACGUCCUCAAGGCAGCAAACCAGCCCGUACCAGAAGAGUUGAUGAAGUUCGGUACGACUGUCAAGAAGAAGGAACAUGGUGCAUACGGUGCUUUCUACAAAGACACUUCAGACGUCAAGGCCGCUACUAAGAUUACUUUUGACUAA